AUGCGACUCAUGAACUCCUCUCCAAUCUCCACCUGGGACUUCUUCACGAAGAUUAUGGACUCCACCAACGUCCUCUUGGCUUUCUCGUGCAGCUCGUUCACCCUCUCCUGGAGCUGCUUUACGUACUUGAUCGCCUCUCCCAGCACCGUAGCCUUGUCUCCCUGGAAAAAAACAAGCAAUCAAUCAGCAAUUGAACCCAGAUUAAACCGAAGAACACGAUCGCAUAGACGGAGGCAGGGUAUUACCUUCUUCAGGUUUGGUAUGUUGGCAGAAAGAGCGAUGAACUGUUUGUUCAAAUGCUCCCUGCGCUUCCUCUCUGCAAGUAUAUGGUGCGGCACGGGCAAACCGCUUCGACCACUUCCUGAACUGGAAGCCGCUCUCAUCGGCUGUUCAGGGGCUGCCGCAUUGGCAUUGUACUCCGACGAAGGAUGUUGGUUGAUCAAAGCAGACAGAUCGUCGAACCCAUCAGAGCCUUGCUGCGAAGGAUCGUGUCCGAAUGGCAUGAAGCUACUCAAAUCCAUUGGCGGCUGGCGGGUAGAGGUUGUUACAGUUGUGAUUCCAGAGGUGGGAAGACAAGGGAUCUAG